AUCUUAUUUUUGAUGUCUCCCAGGUAAAAACGUGGUAAACAAAGAAAAGAAAAGACAAACGCGUCUGCGCCCCUCCCCCCCUUCUCUCUAUUUUAACCUUCCAUUCCCUCCCUCCUCUCUAUUGUAGCCCUUUCUCACAAACCCAGAAAGCUUCAUACCUCAAAAACAACAGAAAAACGAAAGAGACCAGACCCAACAAGCACAAUGUUACCAGAAAGGCAAGGUGGUGCACCCCAUGGAGUGAUACUGGCAGUGGUGGUAGGCAUCGUGGUGUUAGCUCCGUUCCUGUUCGGUGACCAAGGUGAAGCUAUAACGGAAGCUAUUACCGAGCUGUUGAGUCCGGUCGGUCUUCUUCUCUUGCCCAUCAUUCUCCUCCUCACCAUCCAGUUCCUUUCCUCGGAUCGUGGCUCCUUCGUCUCCAGCAUUUUCUCCACCGGCGAACCUGACUCUAUCCACCGAGUCAGCGGCUCGCCUGUUGGGGUCGCCCUGUUUCUGGUUCUGAUUUUGUUCUUGCUUUACAACCGUGUUUCCAUCUUUGGCGGCGAUGAUGACUCUGAUAUUUGACUCCGCUUCGAUCUGAGGGUCCAAGGCUGGGUCUUUGUUUUUUUGUAUACGGUAUAGUACGUAGAAUUUUCCUGUGGUAUGAAUUUUGUAAUUUUACGUGAAUACCCAAGCCGUGGUAGGGUGUAUCUAGCGGGGGUUACUUUAAGCAAUUGAGGGUAUUGUUGUCAUUUUAACUAAUAUUACAGAAUUCUCCUCGUUUCACUGUUUAAUCAUACGUGCUGGUUCAGUUUGAGUUUUGUGGA